CCGCUCCCCGCCCACCGAGGCGCUGCCGGGGCGCACGGGGCCUGUAGGAAGUCGCAGCCCCUUUAAGACGCGCGGAGCGGGCGUCACCCGGCGCUAUAAAAGGCGGCGGCGCGGCGGGCGCGGUGACAGCGGGGGUGCGGCGCGGCCGGGAAGGCUCUGGGGCCGCCAUGGAGUUCAACGUGAAGAAACUGGCGUCGGACGCGGGGGUUUUCUUCUCCCGCGCCAUGCAGUUUACUGAAGAAAAGCUGGGCCAGGCUGAGAAGACUGAACUUGAUGCCCACUUUGAAAACCUUCUGGCCAGGGCAGACUGCACAAAGAACUGGACAGAGAAGAUCUUGCGUCAGACUGAAGUUCUGCUACAGCCAAACCCCAGUGCCAGAGUAGAAGAAUUCCUGUAUGAGAAGCUUGACAGGAAGGUGCCUUCCCGGGUCACCAACGGGGAGCUGCUGGCACAGUACAUGACAGAGGCAGCCAAUGACUUUGGGCCAGGGACACCUUAUGGAAAGACUUUGAUCAAAGUUGGAGAGACUCAGAGGCGCUUGGGUGCAGCAGAACGGGAAUUCAUCCGCUCUGCCUCCAUCAACUUCCUGACCCCGCUGCGCAACUUCCUGGAAGGGGAUUGGAGAACCAUCUCUAAGGAGCGGAGGAUCCUGCAGAACCGGCGCCUGGACCUGGAUGCCUGCAAAGCCAGGGUGAAGAAGGCCAAAGCUGCCGAGGCUAAAGCAGCGGCUGUGCCUGACUUUCAGGAAACCAGACCUCGUAAUUACGUGCUCUCCGCCAGCGCAUCAGCGCUUUGGAGCGACGAGGUGGAAAAAGCGGAGCACGAGCUGAGGCUCACACAGACCGAGUUCGACCGGCAGGCAGAGGUGACCCGGCUGCUGCUGGAGGGGAUCAGCAGCACACACGUGAAUCAUCUUCGCUGUCUCCAUGAGUUUGUGGAGUCUCAGACCAACUACUAUGCUCAGUGCUACCAGUUCAUGCUGGAUCUACAGAAGCAACUGGGCAGAUUUUCAGGCACAUUCGUAGGCAACGCAGAAUCCGCAUCUCCCGCAGCCACCACCUCUCCUCCAGCUGUUGCUGCUGCCACACUCCCUGCUGUGCCUACAAUUCCAGUGGUGCCCACAAUUGUUGGGGUGCCCAACACCGUGGCAGAGGGGGUGCUGAACCCCAAUGAAGUCAAGCCUCCUGCCAGUGGGACACGCAGGGCCAGAGUCCUCUACGACUACGAAGCAGCUGACAGCACCGAGCUGGCACUACUUGCAGAUGAGAUGAUCACUGUGUACAGCCUGCCAGGCAUGGAUCCAGACUGGCUCAUAGGGGAAAGAGGGAACCAGAAAGGGAAAGUUCCUGUCACUUACUUGGAACUGUUAAGUUAAAUGUUAAGAAGAAUGUACAAGCAGAAUGCACCCCUCAUCUGGCACUUCUAACGCGGAUUUCCUCAUCCGAGACCAUUGCUCUCUUCAGGGUCGACACUCCAUUGCUAAUAUGGGAAUUGUGGGAAAGAAGUGGGAAAACUGUUAUGGUGAGGUUUUGGGAAAGGGCUGAUGGUACCCAAGACUGAAUUUGUUACCUACCAGUGCAGCCUGCUUUGAGGUUACUCCUGAUGGUACAAAAUUCCUUGGUUACUUUUUCCCUUCCCUGCCCUAGUCUUGUUCCUCGCAGUGGCUUUCCCAGGGCGAGCUGUGUCCCUCAGCAGCUGCUCACCAGUUACACUUCCCUCCUGUCUGGUGUGGGUUAGUGCCUGUCUGCCCCUCCUCUCUUCUCCAGCAGUAGAAUUGCCCAAGUCCAACCACUGAGCAUUCCAGUAGGGAAGUGUCCCACACAGCCCCUCUGACAUGUCCUGGCACAUAAGGCAAGGAGGCUGCAGUUAAAAUUUAGGAGCCUGUUAAACCCACCCACCCUGCUCACCCAUGGGAGACCAGCAAUGCACGACUGGCCAAGAGCCACAGUCACUGUCCUGGGGCCUGGAGGCUCCCACCUACCCCUGUCCCCUGAAGCUGGAAGAUUUCUUUGUGGAGACCAACCUGCUACCCCAAGGCCUAACCCCAAACCUCCAUGCAAGGGACCAUGCAUCUCGCUUGCAUUUCCUCUGGGAAGUUGCUCUUGGACUGCAAAGUUUACAAGCCUUUUUACAAGCUUUGCUCCCUGUGUUAUUGUCCUGGCUUUUCUUUCAGUGUGUCUGUCCAGGCAUGUUUUAGCCUGAUUUUAUUUCCACCCUGAAUCACUGAUUUAAUGAAUGUUUCCCCUCCCAUGUCAGCAGUGAACAGAUUUGGUGCAUCCCAGUGCAGAAAGGGACAGUCCCACCUGCUGUGACCCCCAACAAGGAGCUGUUCUUGGCCAUACACAAACCAUGACCCAAGCUGUGCUGGAGGGAUGGGACAGUUUAGCUCAGGUGUGUAUGUGUGUGUGCCUGCUCCCUCUGGAAUGAAGUCUUAGCUAGAGCUCACCUAAAGGACUUCCACUUGAUGUGUUCACGAGUUUUCCACUCAAGCUGGAUGGAAGAGAAACUCACCUGCACCAAGCUCUGUUCACACUCUUCCCCGGGUAUGUCAGAACUAACUUUGCUUGUUUAUUGAUCUUUUGCACUUUCCCCAAAGGUAUCGUGACCAUUCUAAUGUAACAGGGCACUGAGCACCUGUGUUUGUGGGGCUCGUGGGUUUCAGCACUUAUUUGCCAAUAAACAAACUGCCUGAC